UCGCGAAUGAUACAUGGUCAAGGCUACCUUGAUCAAUCCGCUCAAACGUCAGUUAUCGUCCGAAAGAGCAAGAUGACCGUCAUGCUAGUGUCUCUGAUUCUCGGGGCGCUUAUAGCCCUUUACUAUUAUUUAACGCGAAAUUACAAAUAUUGGCAAAAACGUGGAAUUCCGUGUGCGGAUGGAGUUCUACCAGGAUUCGGUCACGUGUUGUCGAUAUCUAUUAUGAAAACACAUUUUGCUGAUUUCUGUGACAAAAUCUACAAAAAUAACAAGGGUCGGAGCAUGGUCGGGAUAUACGACUUCACGUCGCCGUCGUUGAUGAUUCUUGAGCCGCAACUGGUAAAAACGGUGAUGCAAACUAAUUUCUCGAGUUUCUCUGAGAACACCAUCACUGUCGAUUUCAAAUUGGAUACGCUUUUAGCGCAUAAUCCCUUCUUUAUUUCGGGUGAAAAGUGGCUAAACAACAGAAAACGCUUGAUUAACGCGUUCUCCACCAUGCGAUUAAAGAUCCUGCUCGAAAACGUUAAAAAGGUAUGCGAGACAUUCGAUAAUUAUAUCGAUAAAAAGUUGUGCAACGUUGAGAAGGUGGAGUACGAAUUGAAGUUCUUGUUCUCCAAAUAUACCGCACAAGUGGUAGCCAGUGCUGGUUUUGGCGUGGAUGGAUACUGCUUCGAUGACGAGAAAAAGGAUAUAUCUUUCCAAAAAGUCGGACAAGCCAUUUUUGAACCGUCCGUGCGAAGCGCAAUCGCGUUCGCUCUCAUGUUCUUCGUUCCGUCGUUGAAUAAAAUCUUUAAAAUGAGCUUUAUUCCCAAACACAUCGAUCAUUUUAUCAGAACAUUGAUUGCAGAUCUCAUGGAACAAAGAAGAAAAGAUAAAAUACCUAGGAACGAUUUUCUACACUUGAUGGCUGAAUUAGAGCGUUCAGAAAACGAAAAAUUCGAAAAUGAAAUGCUCGCAGGACAUGCACUGUCGUUCCUCAUUGAUGGUUAUGAGACUUCUAGCAGCGUACUAAGCUACAUCGGUUUCUAUUUAGCCAGUUAUCCGGAAGUACAAGAGAAAUUACGUAAGGAGGUGAUGUCCGUGCUCAAUAAAUACGACGGUGAAAUAACAUACGAUGGUUUGAGAGAGAUGACAUACAUGGACCAGGUCUUCAACGAAUCAAUGAGGAUGAUACCCGUAUUAGGGGUCUUGAAAAAACGAUGUACGGAAGAGUUCGAAUUGAAAGGAUCCGAUGGAAUUGUCUGUCGCGUUCAACCCGGAACGGAGAUCCUGAUACCGGUUCAAUCUUUGCACAAAGAUCCUCAGUAUUGGGAACAUCCCGAGGAGUAUGAUCCUGAAAGAUUCAACCCGGACAGAAAACAGAACAACGAGAGAUUCGCCUUUUUACCCUUUGGUGAGGGCCCGCGAAUCUGCGUAGGUAUGAGAAUGGCUCAUCUGCUGGUAAAGGGAAGUCUGGCUAUGAUUAUGAAGAGAUACAAGAUGGAACCAUCACCAAAAACACAAAUUCCUUUAAAAAUGAUUCCUGGAGCUAUUAUACAAACACCGAAAGGCGGUCUAUGGGUCUAUUUUCGGAAGUUAUAAAAACGUGGAGUUCCUUGCGUGGAUGGAGCCCUGCCAGGAUUCGGUCACAUGCUGUCGGUGACGUCCACGAAAACGAACCUCGUCGAUUUUUGUGAGAAGAUCUACAAGGAUUACAAAGGUCGCAGUAUGGUAGGAUUUU